UCGGCACGAAUGCAACGCAGACUUCUGCACACAUACAUCUAACUAUUGCUAGAAUAUGUAUGAAAAUGAUAUUUAGUAGACACAUCCGUGAAAAUAGCUGCUUUUAUUCAGAUAGUUAAUCAAUAGGUUUUGCGAAGGUUGCAUUUAGAGCGACUCUGACUGGUUGAAAGACGAUUGAUUUUUUUUUUUUAAAUCUAUAUUUAUAAUAAUUGUUAAAAUUAUUAUUUUAAAUUGGGAUAGGCUUUAAAUAACAAAAUCUCGUCCCUGGAGUUAACAGCAUUGUUUUGAAUUGAAGGGAUUGCUGUGAGCAGGUCCGUUCGCCACCCAGUGUGAGACCUGCCGAUGAACGACGUUAGACUCUGUGGAGACUAUUGAAAUUCAUCCUUGCACAACGGGAGUGACAAUUAAGUGACACUGACCGAAAAAGGAGUCUACGGAUCAACUUCCAAAAGUCUGGAAUAUUUGGAUCGAUGAUUUCCAGAGGACAGAGCAGCAAAUACACUUAGACCGGCAACAUGUUCAAAAGGGGCUGUGGGCUAGAGUUCCUCCUAGUUCUCUGCGGCCUGGAGUUUUCCUGGUCCUGCCCCCGUCACUGCAUCUGCUACACGGCACCCAGCACAGUUUCCUGCCAAGCACACAACUUCUUGACGGUCCCCGAAGGAAUCCCGCCUGACAGCGAACGCAUCUUUCUGCAAAACAAUAAGAUCCAUCGGCUCCUCCGAGGUCACUUCAGCACCAACACGGUGACGCUUUGGAUAUACUCCAACAACAUCACAUACAUCGAGCCCUCAACCUUUCACGGCUUCACGCUGCUGGAGGAGCUGGAUUUGGGAGACAAUCGCCACCUGCGCUCUCUGGCUGAAGACACUUUCCACGGUCUGAGACGUCUCAAUGCUCUGCACUUGUACCACUGCGGACUCAGCUCACUCCCGAAUAACAUCUUCCAAGGACUAAGGAGCCUGCAGUAUCUCCACUUGCAGCAAAAUCACCUGAAGUUCCUGCAAGAUGACACUUUUGCUGACCUCCACAACCUAAGCCACCUAUUCCUCCAUGGAAAUCACCUGUGGAGACUCAACCAGAACACUUUUAGGGGUCUUCGGUCCCUGGAUCGACUCCUUCUGCACCAAAACCAGAUCGAGUGGGUUCACCACCUGGCGUUCCAUGAUCUCAAACGUCUCACCACCCUCUACUUGUUCAACAACUCCCUUAUGCAACUGUCAGGGGACAGCCUAGACACGCUGCCCGCUCUGGAGUAUCUGCGUCUUAAUGACAACCCCUGGUCAUGUGACUGCAAGGCCCUCACGCUGUGGGAGUGGUUAAAACGUUUUCGAGGUUCAACGUCCUCUGUUGGCUGUCAUGCACCUUUGGCCAUGAUUGGGAAAGACCUGAAGGAAUUGCACAAGGAGGACUUCUCCAACUGUUCCCCAAAUUCUGAAUCCAGAGCGCAGACCAACAACUUAUCAGGCACAGUCAGCCCACCGUCAAUUAAUCGUGGGGUAGUGGCUAGCUCCGGGGGCCAGAGCAACGUGGUGAACCCCUCCAGAGCCGGCCGUCCUCGAAACUGCUCGAAGAAUCGCAAUCGAGGGAACAAGGGCAAGAGUGACAACGAGGUCCACCACUCGAAGGAGGUCAUGGCAGAUAAGGAGGAUUCCUCUCCGGAUUUUUCAGAUGGAGGAAAGCACGAUCACACGUCCCCAGACGGCACUGUCACAAGAAGGAAGCAUAAGUGCAUUCCGCGGACCACUGUUCGACCCCCUAGUGGGGUUCAGCAAGCCAACAACAGGGCAACCUUAUCCCGGCCCUUAUUAUAUGUCUAUGUCCUUAUGGUUGCCUUGACGACAACAAAUAUUGGCGUUAUUCUGCGCUGAUUUACAGAGGGUUUGGUACACGUUUAUCACCAAGAACACAGUCCUCAACACAAUCCUUUGCUCCUGGCCCCUGUGUCUUUUAUGUGUGUGAAUGUGGUUAUGUAAGCGUUGUAUAGGAACCUUAACCAUACAGAUGAGCACAAGCAUGAAAACAUGCACAACAUAAAGACUCGCAGGAAGUCAGACCCAUUGACUAAAGUUUCAUGCAGACAAAGCGUGCACUGCCACUAAAGCCAGGUUUCAUAUUCUUGCUUGUUUUCGCUAAUCUGGACCUUGAAUAACCAAAUAUUGUACAGAGGCGGGCAUGUAACCAGCAUAAUUCAAAUUUGGAGACAGUUUAGUGCUUCACUUCCUUGCUUGCUAGCAGCAGGUCCAAAAAGAGUAUGAAUAUUCAUUCACAGACCUGGGAAUGUAAAUAUUCCUUCUACAAAAUGGAAUUCAUAGCCACUGAUGAUUCAAGGCCAUAAUAAGCUCCUUCACAGCAAGAAAUUCUCUAGAACUAACUUCAAUACAUAAGCUCGCAAACCCACCAUGUGAGGCUGCCUUCUGGUUUACACAUUCGCUCCUGUGCGACUGGAUGUGAAGCUGCUAAUUGUGUCAGGAUGCUGUGGACUGCCAUGUGCUAUAACCCAUUUGUUCGGUCCAGUCUUCGUGUGACGAAGCCGUUAACGUGUCUGUUUGUUGUGCUAGUAUUUUUUUUUUUAAACUUCCCAAGACACAGCGUGGACCUGGCAAUGAAGCUGUGCUGCAGGGUCAGCACAAAAAGUCAAACAGGACGUUGCCAGUUUCCCCAGCGAGCUGGUGGCGAACUGAGCCCGCCCAUCGAGGUUUAUUGCUCACUGGGGAAGAUUUUUUUCCUCUUCUGAAUCACACGGACCAUAGCAGACGAGACACAAGAGGAAAAAAAAAACAAUUUUACUUGUAUGGUGAACUUGAACUCCAAACAAAGAACAAUUAAUAAGGAACAGAAAAAAAUGGAAACACUUUUACCCCCAUUCUGGGAUUCAUGGCGAGCCAGGAAACGCAACAGUGUUUCUAAAGUGAUUCUGUAAAAAAAAAUAAUAAUAAUAAUAAUGACUACGGGCCAGGCAUGGGACGUGCCGCCAAACUUCUGGAGCUUAUGUGCCUCGCUCUAAUGGAUUAUGGUGGUGUUUGUAUUAAUGGUGUAACAAUGGAACGGACUACCGUGUUGAUACUAUACAUUUACUGUCAAUCUAUGAGGGGAAAAAAAUACAUCAGUGGCAUCAAUUAUGAUAACAGGGUUUUGGCUCCGCAAAUCCGGAGUUUAUUUUUUUUUUCUUUAAUCAAGCUAAUUUUUUCAUGGUAUUUUUUCUGAAUGUUCAUUUGUUAACGCAAAAGGUUUGUCAGUCUGCGUCCUCUCUCGUUCUAUGGUUUAGCAUUUGUGUCUUUUUUUGUCGCUGCCACAAACCAGUGCGAUCGGUGUGGCGUCAUCCCGAGACUACAAAAAAAAAAAUG